AUGCGUUCGCAAACAUCCUUCACGACCAAGCAAGUCUGCACCUACUUCUUCACCCCGCUGCUCGACGAGCAAGAUGAGCCCACUGAGCACUUUUGCUGCCAGUGUGGCACAGUGCGCAAACAAGACGUCAAGAUGGGCUACUCGAACCUCUUUAGCCACGUGCUGAAGCAGCACCCCGACUACGUGACCACGCUGGCGAACAGUGGCUUCAACUCGGGGACGCUGGUCAUUUUUAUCGACCAGAAGAGCCAGACCGUCUACGGCUGGCUGGACUUUGUCACUGAGUGCAACCUCCCUUUUUCGUUCUACGAACGCCCGACUGUGGACAAGUACACGACGAUGAAGCGGAUUUGCACCGAGAUGCUGUUGAAGUACGCGGUCUUGGUCACCAAGGAGGUCGAGAUUGGCAUCAGUGCGUUCAUCCCUCUCGAAUUCGGUAUCAUGCUGGACGGGUGGAGUUUCCACUCGGAGCAUUACGUCGCCGUUUUUGCGGUUUUCGAGCACGACCAGCGCUCUGAGAAGGUUCUCCUGGUAUUGGCUCCAAUCGCGGAUGACAGUGUUGAGGACCAGACGGCUGAGAGCCACGUCGCCUUCCUGACCGGUAUUCUACCGUUUUUCAAGCGGGGCACUUCCAGCAUCAUCUACCUCCUGUCUGACAAUUGCUCUGUCAACACGAGGUUGGCUGAUUUGCUUCAGGUGCCGUUCAUCGGCUGCGCCAGCCAUCGGCUCAAUUUGGCGGUCAACGUGUACCUCUCCGACUACGAGCCACUGCUGGAGCAAAUGCAGCAACUCAUGCGAAAGCUGCGAGGACUGAGCAAGGCGAAUCGACUGAGGCAAAAGACCAAUUUGCGCCGGGUACUUCGCCAGGCGACUCGAUGGGGCUCCACGUUCAAGAUGCUCGAGCGUUACUUUGACCUGCGCGACGCGCUGGACACGGACGACGACGACAUCGUGUCGUUGAUGCCGACUCGCCGCCAAGAGAGUCGCCUGCGUGCCCUGCGCGACCAGCUCCGUGAUUUUCAGAGCGGGACAAUGAAGCUGCAGGAGGACAGCAACACGCUUCUCGAUGUGCGCGACAUCUUUGAUGCGCUCGUCGAGAAGCAUCCCGUUGUCGACAAGUACCUUGCAGCCGAUGCUGCCAUCGUGAAGGACCCAGACUUCGAAGCUGCGUGCGUGCUCGCGCUGGCGGACAAGACCGAGGAGCUGACGGAGGACCAGCAGUUCAUGCUGAGUCCGUUCGAGACCGUCGCCUCCGCUACCGUAACUCCCAGCCCCGGCGGGCGCCCCCAAAGCUUCGCGGACCAGGUCCUGUGGGCGAGGAAGAAGCAGCGCACGUCGCAGAAGAAGUUUGGAGGGGGUAUGCUACCGGUGCACUUUGAAACGGUGCUGUUCUUGAAGCUUAAUCGGCGCUUCUGGAAUGCGGGUACCGUCACCAAGGUGGUGAACGGAGAGUAA